AUGUUGUCGGACUCGAGAGACGGCUGGGCCGUUCGUCGAACCGGCAGCUGCGGGCCAGACGAAUCCGGAGAGCGAUCUUGGGGUAAUUUUUCGACCUGCUGCCCGUCGGACAAGAAAAAAUAUGUGGACGUUGAUAACAAUUCGGGGUGCAAUGAUUCUGGUGAUCCGCCCGCAACGGCCAUAAAUCAGUGCGCCAAUUCGACCUUAAAUUUAUGGCAAGACAGUUAUGGCUACUUUUGCUGUGAUCAAGAUCUGUUUGGCUUCUACGUGACUUCAUCGUACUGGAAGGGCUGUGCAUCGAUGGGUGAGAUUGAAGGCAACGACACUCUGCAUGAGGCGAUCAAAUUAGAAGGCAAGUGA